AUGAUUAAACUGUAUCAACAAUUUCAACAACAUUUAAAUAUAUCGGAUAGUCCACAAUCCAACAACAAGAGAAAGAUGGGCUAUUACACAGCAGAGGAAACAGAACAACUCUCUAAGCAAUACAACCAGCAAAGGCCUCGUCGUCCAGAUACCUCUGUCAAUGAAGGUGAUGGCGACCACGACCGUAGAUUGGAUUUUAAAAAGGCAACCGAAACUGCCACCGAUAUAGAGUCAGCUUCAGCUUUUCCAAACCUUGACACCGAAUUCCAAGAAGGUGAUUCACCUCAUCAAUACAAUGAGAUCCACUCCCAACUCUCUGAUGAAAACUGGAUAGACAUUCUUCAGUACCUAGAUCAUAAAUCUUUAGUAGCACUAUCAGAAGUAUCUCAUAGUUUCAAUAGAUUAUCAAAUGAUAGAUUUAAUCGUCGUGAUUUCAAUACUCUAACGGAUGCAUUGUCAGCUUUGGUCGAUCAAAAGAGAGAAACGAUAUUGAUUGGACCUGGUUUAUAUAAGGAGAAUAUUUCCAUUGACAAGCCGGUCGAUAUUCUAGGAGAGAAGGAUGUUGUCAUUGAAAGCUCCAGUUCGAAUACCGUUUCCAUUUCAGCAGCGCAUGGGUCGAUCACCAAUGUGUCGAUGCGUCAAACAGGUCAUUGGUUUUGUAUAGAUAUAGAAAAGGGUGGAUUCACAAUCAACAAAUGUGACAUUACAAACACAACACUAUCAGCAAUAAAGAUUGGAAAACACGCAUCACCUUGGAUUACAGAUAACAUUAUUCAUGACUGUAAGGAGGCUGGUAUUGCAAUAUUCGGAGGAGAAGGAACCAUCAUUGGCAAUAGAUUCACUCGUAACCGUUAUGGUUCAAUAGAGAUUGUCUAUUCAACUGCAAAACCAACCAUCAAAUUGAAUCGUAUCUAUCGGAACAAGGGUUACGGAAUUCAUGUUCAUACCAAUGCCGGUGGUAUUAUCACUGAGAACAUCAUUGAGGAGAAUGAAUCCGAUGGAAUUAGCUGUUGGGGUGGUGCUUCGCCUGUCGUUUCAAACAAUAAGAUCUGUUAUAAUCUCGAAGAUGGUAUCUAUAUCCACGAGGAUGGCAAAGGUGUAUACGAACACAACCAGAUCUACGGACAAAAGUUGGACGGUAUCAGAAUCUCCAAGUCGAAUCCACAGAUUUCACACAACACUAUUCACCACAACCAAGGAGAUGGUAUACGUCUUGUAAUCAAAGCCAAUCCAAUCAUCACCGAGAAUCAUAUCUGUGAGAACAAGCGUGUCGGUAUCCAUAUCUACCGUGAGGGAAUGGGACUGGUAUCAAACAACUAUAUCUACGGUAACAAGAAUGCAGGAAUGCAAGUGUAUUCACGAGCCAACACCACCAUUUGUAAUAAUAAGAUUAUCCAAAAUCGUUGCUCCGGUAUCUAUAUCUCUGAUCAUGCCAUUGUCAAUAUCAAAGGCAAUGAAAUUGCAAACAAUGGCGAGGUCGGUGUGGAAAUAGUGUCUGGCUCGAAGGCGCUGGUAUUCGACAACAACCAGAUAUCGAGAAACUGGGAAGCUGGACUCGCCUACUACACAGACUCCAAGCCAAUCGGAUUCGAAUCCAACAACACGUUCACACUCAACGGUGAGAACGGCAAUCAACAAUAUAUACUACGCGAGGGAAGAGAACUGAUGACCAUCAACAGUUUGAAAUCGAAAUCGAAAUCAAACAACGAUGAAAUGGAACCUAUUUCAUUCUUGGUAGAGAAUGCAUUACAAGUUGGUUUAUGUACAUUAUCAUAUACAAGAGAAUACUAUCAUGCACAAUAUUGGUAUGAAUGUAAAACAUGUACGGAACCAAGAAAGAUAUUGGGUAGAAGUGAAAUUGCAGUGUGUGAAGAGUGUGCAAAGAAAUGUCAUGCCGGACAUGACAUCGGAAUGAGAAAGUAUGGACAUUUCUAUUGCGAUUGUGGACAGCAAGUUGCGUCGCCUUGCAAAUGUGUCAGCAAUAUCAAUCGACCAAAAGCGCCAUCAAACGAAAGUAGAAUCCUCUAUUGUGGAUUCUUUAUUCAAACUCAUCAAUAUGAUUUUGGUGAGAAUAAAACUUUAUAUACAUCAAUGUGGUCAACUACAAUCAGACUUGAAAAUCAUGAAAGAUGCUGGAAAUAUACAUGGGCACUAUGGUCAAUAUGUUUUGCAUAUACUGUAGUCUUUUCAAUCUUAUCGAUAUUCGUGAGUGAGAAAAUAAAGUCACUCUAUUAUACCAUUGGUUUCAUAGUGCUGUGUGUCUAUGGUGGUGGAACUACUCUGAUCAAUGGAAUGGUGCUGAUCAGACAGAUGCACAAACACGAAGAGAAAACCAUCAAAGAGGACACCAAUCAUAUUAUCCACGGAAUGGUUAGAAAAGUAAAGUAUCUCUCGUUGGUAAUGUUGGUGUGUCUACUAGUGAUGGUCUCGAGAACCCUGGUAUUCUACGUAUUGAAAAUUCAGAAGGAUUCAAAUCUCAAACAUGUCUCUUCGUUUAUCACAUUCUGUACGGAGACUAUUACUGCGGGUGCCGUUAUGAUUGCCAUUGCCGAUUGUCCAAACAACUACUGGUAUGCCAAGCCAGUCAUGACUGUAAGAGGAUCCAACAAGAAUUCGACACACGGUGGUCAUAGCAGUGGUGGAUCGUUCCCAUCGCACACGGUUGGAAACUCAAAGAACAAAUCAACGAUCUCCUUAGAGCUGAUCGACACUGAUAAUUUCAAUUCCAGAGAAUUCGAAAACACAGGUUCAGAAACAAAUAUAGAAAUGAUUAUAGUAGAUGACUAA